AUGAACACCCCUCCAUCCUCUUUCCAUCAUGGCCACUCUCCCUCGCAGCAAGAAAUGUCUAUCCAGCACAAUGACGACGAAGAGAUGAUUUGGGAGCCAAUCAUUUCGUCACGGGCACAGAUAUGCUACUUGGGUCUGGACACCAACAUCCUCAUCAAGCAUCUCAACAUUCUCAGGACAUUGCAUGCUAUCCUAGCAGCUCUCGAGCCGCAAGAAGUGCUCAUACUCGUCCCAUCAAAAGUCAUCCAAGAAAUAGACGGUCUGAAGCAUUCGACCGCCUUGCCAGAUAUCCACUCACCUGUGGACGUGGGCACUUUGGCACGAACAGCCAACAAUUGGCUCCUCGAGACGCAUCGAGCUAGGAGAGAAGGCCAACGCUCGGCUCUGCGAUGCCAGAGCUUGAAGGAGAGACGCAGUCGAGGAGUCGUGGGGCAAAAUGCCGACGACGAGAUCCUAGACUGCUGCUUAUACUUCGAAGAGAUGGGUGGAAAGGUGGCUUUAUGGACAAACGACAAGAAUCUUGGGGUCAAAGCCGAGAUCAACCACGUCCCAACAAUAGGAGGACAGCACAUUUCCCUCUCAACAAUCUUGUCUGCAACAGGAGUCAACUUUCCGAAAGAGCUGUGGGAACAAGUCCAUGAGUUGGAGGGUCAUCCUCAGUCUGCAAACAGCGUGGUUGAUGGCGAUGUCCAUAUGGGUGCCGAGAGUAUACAAUAUGUAUGUGUCCAUACCCCCCCCCCCCCCUUCAGUCUGCCUAUCUCAACAGCCCCGAAAUACUUCCAAGAUCUGCCUCCUAUCUUCCUACCUGGAAGUUCUGAAGUGCAACACGUACAUACAAGUCCUCAGCCUGCUGGCGGGGUACAUAAUUAUCCUUUAUUACACGGAGGCGUGCAAGAGUACAUAGCAGGAGGAAACGAAGAAGGGAUGGCGAUUGAUGAAAUGCUAACCACAGAUCCAAUAUACUCGACUGCCAGCCUAGGAUCCACAUCCUCUUCGACAUCUCCGCCACCAUCGACGGUACCUAACAGGUACACCAACCCCCCGCCACCAGCUGGGCCCCGUCCGUCCAAGCUCAUGCUCACUUCCUUACGACUCGCCCUCCUCCCCUCGACAUUGGCUCUACUGUCAAACCCUACUUAUGCGCCGCAUCUAAAGGUGUCGUCCCCUCCCCCCACCACUCUUCCCACAGACAAGAUCCUCACUACCUUGUUUGACGCCUUCUCCACCCUGGACAAGUACUGUUUGUCCAAGGGGUUCGAGAUGGAUGAUCCAACGCGGCUGCAGCUUAUACAAGCUACCAGCUCGGUCAAGGUGGUGCAGAAUUAUGUGGCUUGCCAUGAGAUGGGGCUUGGCGGGGUCAGGAGGGUGAAGACGGGGGAUAUGGUGUAUGCGCUGGGGGAGCUGAAGAGGAUCAUGAAAGGGUUGGGAGUGGGGUGGAAGGGCGAUCUAGAAGAUGUGUUGGACGACUUUGAAGGAUACGAAUAG